AGCCCGGCGCGGCGGCGGCGGCGGCGCAGCGCUCCCGCCCCCGGUAGCGGCGGCAGCGGCGCCCCCGGCCCGGCCCAGCCCAGCCCGGCCCGGCCCGGCCCGCCAUGGCCAAGCAGUACGACGUGCUCUUCCGGCUGCUGCUGCUGGGGGACUCGGGCGUGGGCAAGACCUGCCUGCUCUGCCGCUUCACCGACAACCAGUUCCAUCCCGCCCACAUCUCCACCAUCGGUGUCGACUUCAAGAUGAAGACCAUCGAAGUGGAUGGCAUUAAGGUGCGGAUACAGAUCUGGGACACAGCGGGGCAGGAGCGGUACCAGACCAUCACGAAACAGUACUACCGGCGGGCGCAGGGCAUCUUCCUGGUGUAUGACAUCGGCAGCGAGCGCUCCUACCAGCAUAUUGUAAAGUGGGCCAGCGACGUGGAUGAGUACGCGCCUGACGGCGUCCAGAAAAUCCUUAUCGGGAACAAGGCGGACGAGGAGCACAAGAGGCAAGUGGCCAGAGAGCAAGGGCUGCAGCUGGCCAGGGAGUACGGGAUGGACUUCUACGAGACCAGCGCCUGCAGCAACCUCAACAUCAAGGAGUCCUUCACGCGGCUGACGGAGCUGGUGCUGCAGGCGCACCGCAAGGAGCUGGAGGGGCUGCGGGCCCCCCCCCGUGCCCCCGCCCUGGCCCGCCUGGAGGAGGACGAGCAGCAGCCCCUGGGGAGCGAGGACAGCCCCAAAGCCUGCUGGUGUUGAAGCCUGGGCCCCCUCUGACCCCCCCCCGGGCUGUGCUGGGGGGGCACGGCGGGCUGGGAGAUGGGUCCGUGGGGCACCAUGCCCAUGGGGUGCCGUGCUGGGCUGCCGGCUCAGCUCCAGCUGCAGGAACACCCCCACGGGGAUGCAGGAGCCCACCCCGGCAGGGACAGGACCAUCGUGGUCAAACAGCUUGACGGCAGGCACCGGGAUGCUGGUGGGCACCGGGAUGCUGCUGGGUACCAGGAUGCUGCCUGGCACCAGGAU